CUGGCAGACGGCGUUCGGAAAAUCGGCGUUCGUUGCCAUGGUGACGGCGAUGAAAGCAGACGGCCUUUAUGCUGCGGAAGAACUCUGCGGCCCAGCGAUACGAGGAUGACAAACGCCCUGCCAUUCCUGGUGCUAGCAGUGAUGGCGUCGAUGUGCACCUCCAUUCAUCUGGACCCAGCCGACGGGGGCUACAUGCAGGUCCUCGUCGGUAUUGACAGCAGUGUGAGCGUCAAUAUCGACAUCCUUAACAACCUGAGGGUGUUAUUCAGGAAGGCCUCUCAGUUCCUCUUCGAAGCCACCAGGGGCAAGUUCUACUUCAAAGAGGUGCUCAUUAGCGUCCCCAAGAACUGGCCGAGGACGGUGCAGAGGGAACUGGUCUGGGGCAGCCAGUUCCGCGACGCCCAGUUCCAGAUCAUCCCACGCCUGAGGGAGCUGGGUAUCCUGGCCUCGACGGCGACCGCAAGCUCCCCGGUCCGCAUACCGGCCGUAUUCCUCGCCAGUCUCAACGGCACCACAACCACGAUAUACGGAAAACCGGAGUACCACUUGGUACAUCACUGGGCAAUCCACCGAUACAAAGUUUACUCCGAGAGCGCGGACGAUCCCAGGAAGAAGUUCUACUGCAGCCCCAAGCCGAAUGGCGCUGAGAUGAAAGCGGUGAGAUGUAGUGACCUGAUAUCCUACAAUGUAACGAACGGAACCGGUGGCGUGUGUCCGGACAUGAACUCCUGCUCCACGUCCCCCUAUUCCUGUGACGUCACAUAUUACCAGGGCCCUGACCGGGCUGCCGAGUCCGUCAUGUUUCUGCCCUACCUUGAAGGGGUAAAACUAUUUUGUGACCAGGACACCCACAACCCUUUGGGAAACAAUAAGCACAACAGGGUUUAUAAGGGACUGUCCACCUGGGAAGUCAUCAUGAAGCACAAGGACUAUUUGAAAUUGGCCAAACUCCCGGCUAACAGAACCAUUCAUACCACUUUUCGCGAGCAGCAGGAGAUUGAAGACACGGGAUCACGCAUGGUGUUCGUCUUGGACGUGUCGCACAGCAUGAGACAGUUUGGGCGCAUGGACUACCUGAAAAGCGCGGUGCAAAACAUUAUCCGUUAUUCUAUCUAUGACGGUGAGAUCGUGGGGCUCGUCAGCUUCCACGCAGCAUGCAAAGUCGAGCAUCCGCUGGCCUCGCUGAACAACAACACCAGAGAUGCUCUAGCGGCUGCCGUCAGGGAACUGAAGUAUGGCGCAGGAACGUCCAUCGGUUGCGGACUCCAGCUGGCCGUUAAGGAGCUCGAAUUCAACAACACGAGUUCCGUCGGAAGCACGAUUAUUCUGGUCACCGACGGCGAAGAGAACCGCGAUCCCAGUAUUGACGACGUCCUGCCCGGCCUCACAAGAAAAUCGAUCAAAGUGCACACGUACGCUCUCGGACCUGAAGCCUCCACGAAGCUGGAGCAGAUCGCGGACGAAACGGAUGGCACGGCCUACUACUUCGGCGACUUCCAGAACAACACGAUCGCUGCCUUGGGCUCGGCCUUUCUGGUGUCGGUGACGUCGCACCUGGACACUAUAAACCAUCCGAUCAUUUUGCUGGACAAGACGGCGUCUUUUAGGACCGCCGAGGAAUUCCCGUUCACGGUCCCGCAAGAGCUCGGCGCUAACACAAAGAUAUCCAUUACAUCGUUAUCCGUUCAAAAGUUCGACUUUUAUGUGAAGGACGCCAACGGCCAGAACUGCACUGACUGCAACAAGGAGAUCGGAGACCAGCUCGAGAUAAUCCACAUCCCGGAGACUGAAGCGACAACCCUCUGGACACUGGUUUUGAUACCACAGGCGGGUACCGUCUCCAACGUCACUGUUACAGUGCAGUCGACGCAGCGAGAUCCCAGCGUCCAUCCAAUCAGAGCCCAGAGCUUCGUUAAGGAAGACAAAAGUAAAAACCAGGUCACAAUCUACAGCAGGGUUUCCAAAGGAGACCGCGGUGUCCUGAGGGCGGUCGUCAUCGCCACCGUUACCCUGCCAGGAUUGAGCGGGACGACCUUCCUCCACCUCAAGGACAACGGGCUUGGAGCUGACGAGACGAGAAACGACGGCGAGUACUCGGCUUACUUUUCGCACCUCGUCGGCCAAGGACGGUACAGCGUCAGGACCGACGUCACGACCAAGGAGGACACGCUGCUGACCCCCCCGAGAUCUACAGCCAUGCCUGGCAGACUUCGCGCCGGCCUGCUUGAGCCCGGUGAGGAGCCUGAGCAAGCGGUUCAGGAAAUCUCUGCGGAGCAACCUGAGGGAGCGGACAUUAACAUGGUGGUGUACGCCGGAGCAGUCAACAUACUACGAAACAUCACCCAAAAAGACCUGAACCCUGCCGACGUUCGGGACUUGAGAGUGGACAGCGUGACAGUAGAUGGCAAGAAUAUAACUGCCACGCUAUCGUGGACAUGCAUGGGUGCCCAUCUGGACAGUGGGCGGGCCGAUCACACCGAUUUAAGAGCAAGCUCGGAUCCACGCGUAUUGCUGCGCAAAUUCGAGAAGGCGACUCAAAUAUCGACGGAGAACCUUUUGGAAGGAACCCUGGUCCCUUUGGAUCCCUUAAAGAUUCAGACGGUCCGGAUCAGGAUUCCUCAAGAACUCGUCUCCCGGACGGGCGGGACGCCAGGUAGCGUCUUUCUGGCGCUACGCACGAACAAUUCUCGCUUACAAGUCUCAGCAGUCUCCAACUUUGUCCAACUGGACUGGGACACCUCGUCGGGGGGCUCCGUUGUCGACCCCACCGAAGCGCACCCGCCACCAGCCGUCCGCACUACGGCCUCACCUCGCACUGUAGCACCCGCAGCGACCACACCAUACACACCCUCCACGCCUCCAGCUGAACUCAAGGGCCAAGACGAAAAGUCCUCGAGUGGACUGCUGCUGGGCGCCGUCCUCGUUGCCGUGGUGGCGGUCGUUGUGGCGGUUGCCCUCUACGCGCUGAUGAGUCAAAGUGGUGUUGUGGGAGCGGCGGGUUCUCACGACGAUGCUGAAUCGGAAGACGACGAAUCUACCGUCGCGUGGUAACUUUUGCAGACAGAUUUGGAGUGAUCCAAAACCAUUCCUUGCUGGCGCUCCUUAACCACUCUACAUCUACCUGCGGAGUUUGCCAUUACACUUGACAACGCAGUAGGUGUCUGUAGAGUUUAAAUAAAUUAACAGGAUGCGAGGUACAUACGGACGCAUAUCUCGUCUAUUUUUUUUAAAGCGCGCGCAUCCUCACAGACAUUGCUGUUGGUUUCAGGGUAUUCGCAAUAUGACGAUGGUGAUUAUGUUGCGGCUUUCCCCUUUAUAUCGGGUUUGCUCAAAUAAAUUGUGUGCUCUAACAUAGAAAAACUGUAAACGAUUGCUGUCAAUUAUUUUGCCCCACCGGCCUUGUCUCUGCCGCCUGGAUAAACAUCAGGCGGUACGCAUUGUCCCGCCUUGCUAUUCAUUGCGCGGAUGUGGUGGUCGUGCAGGAUAUCCCGCCUACUCCGUCUGCUCAACACCACCUAUUAGCGGCACGCGCGACCAAAAGCGUUGCUGUGGUCGGCAUUCGGGAUUGGCCAAACCAUAGCUUUUUGUACACUGACAGUGCCUUCCCCAUUGCCGAUUCACGGCGAGGCAAAUCCUGGUCGUGAC